AUGGCAUUCCGUCGCAGACAGCGCUAUCACAAAAUUGAAUCUUUUGACUACAAAGAUAUUGAUACGCUGCGAAAAUUUAUUAACGAACGUGGUAAAAUUGUAAGUCGCCGGGUUACAGGCUUGUCAGCGAAGCAACAGCGAAUGGUGACCCGUGCAGUGAAGCGCGCACGUCAUAUGGCACUGUUGCCAUUUACACGAUAG